GCGUCCACAAACAGCUGGUUCUACUGCUUACUCCACUUCUGUUUCUGCCUUUACUUUUUACUCUACCGGAAAAGGAGGGAAAAUGUCUUUACGUGGUAGUGCUGAUGGCAAUGUUUUGGUGCACAGAGGCCCUUCCUCUGGCCGUCACUGCAAUGCUUCCAGUCUGCCUCUUCCCAACACUGGGAAUUCUUCCAGCCAAGAAAGUCUGCCCUCAGUACUUCCUCGAAACCAUUUUUCUCUUCCUCAGCGGUCUUGUGAUGGCCUCAUCCAUCGAGGAGUGGGGCCUGCAUCGCAGGAUAGCCCUGAAGGUCCUUACUAUUGUCGGAGUAAAGCCAGCUUGGCUCAUACUGGGAAUGAUGAUGACCUCGUCCUUCCUGUCUAUGUGGCUCAGCAACACUGCCACAACAGCCAUGAUGCUCCCUAUUGCUAAUGCCAUCCUGGAGAGUCUGUUUGGAGACCUGGAGACCUUGAAAGAGAAGUGCAAGUCCUCAGAUGAUCCUGAGGUUGAUAUAAUAAAUGAUCGGUCUACUGUAAACCUGCAUUCACUGCCCUCAAUGCCCUCGGAAAAACAAAUGCUGUCAAUAGAUGGGACGGAAGGGAUGGAGCAGAGUGACAUGAGGACAUCUGAGGAGAUACGAUUGGAGUCGCAGUAUCAGAUGAAGGUGUGGAAAGGAUUCUUGAUCUGUAUUCCUUAUGCAGCCAGCAUCGGAGGGACUGCCACGCUGACAGGCACCGCACCCAACCUCAUCCUGAUUGGACAGUUGAAAAGUUACUUUCCAGACUGCGACCUUAUCAAUUUUGGCUCUUGGUUUGCGUUUGCUUUCCCGCUCAUGCUUCUCUUCCUGUUUUUGGGAUGGAUUUGGAUUGCGUUUCUCUACGGGGGAUUGAAUACACGAUUGUGCUUCAAGAAAUAUGACCAAAGAGCCCAGGCAGAGGUCAAAGCAAAGGCUCUAAUAGAGGAAGAUUACAGAAAACUAGGCCCCAUAAACUUUGCAGAGGGAGCGGUCUCUUUCUUUUUUGUACUGUUUGCUGUUCUUCUCUUCACAAGAGAUCCCAAAUUUGUCACUGGCUGGUCUGUGUUUUUUAAAAAAGGGUACGUCUCAGACGCAGUCACCGGCGUGAUCAUUGUGUCGAUACUGUUCUUCUUCCCCUCGCAGAAACCUUCUCUGAGCUGGUGGUUCGACCCUCAAGCUUCAAAUACUCCUUAUGUCCCUCUCUUAUCAUGGAAGAAAGCCCAGGACUAUGUUCCCUGGAAUAUCAUUCUGUUGCUCGGAGGCGGCUUUGCUAUGGCUAAAGGUUGUGAGGAGUCUGGACUCGCCUCCUGGAUCGGAGGCCACCUCCAGCCUUUGGCUGAGGUCCCUCCUGCUGCAGCUGUGAUGUUGAUCACUGCUUUCCUGGCCUGUUUCACUGAGUUUGCCAGCAACACUGCCACAAUUAUCAUAUUUUUACCUGUCAUUGCUGAAAUGGCCAUUCAUGUCUCAGUGAACCCUCUAUACUUCAUGAUACCUGCAACAGUAGGAUGUUCAUAUGCCUUCAUGCUGCCAGUGUCCACGCCACCCAACUCCAUCGCCUUUGCGUCAGGACAUCUGAUGGUCAAAGACAUGGUGAAAACUGGCUUUGUCAUGAACAUCCUGGGUGUCCUCUCAGUCUCUCUGGCCAUGAACACUUGGGGCGUUGCCAUGUUUAACUUGAACACAUACCCAGAAUGGGCUCACCCCAUCAACAAGUCUGCUCUUGUGACUGAUGUACACUCUUCAUCUGUGCAGUCACUCAAUGCCACGCUCUGAUCGCUCACCCAAUCUCAUGAGUGUGAGCAUGGAGGAAGUAUCAUAAGGUUGUAUAAAGAUUUAACACUUAACAGGGACAAAUGUCUGUCUGUAGAUGCCUACUCUAUGUCACUUAAAUGUCAUAACAGUCUGGGAGCUUCAGCUGUUACCCGUUAGGAUGAAUUUAUGUUAUGUUUAUAACACUCCAGUGUCUUUUUAGGCUCUCAAGAGUCAAGGACUCAUGCUGUGAACUGUUACUUUUGACACACUCCAAGUCACCAUGUUCCAAAAAAUUAAAAACAAGCUAGAUUAUUUUUCUCUGCCUUCUUAAAACUGGACAGGAGAGGCAUUUAACCUCAACAACAACAACAGCCAGAGCUCUGAAGAGUCUUUUGAGCUGUUUGUAUCAAUGCUACUAUAAUGACCUCUGCUGGAAGACUGAGCGAGACCUAUGUGAAUAAUUCUUCUAAAAUAUAUAUUUUUGGUUGAAAUCAAAGUGAUCAUGUUACUUGUUUAUGUAUUAUAUGGCACACAUUUGGUUGCCACAGGCAUAGCACAUAAAUAAUGUUUUCUACUUUAGAGUAUCAAUCCUGCGUAAAGAAAGUGUAA